AUGUCUUCCCCCGGACAGCUCGAGACGACCGGCACUACACCCCCCUUUACCGCGGAAAAACUGGAGCAGAUCACAAGAAGAUUACAAAAUCUGAGUCUAGAGAGCAGGGAAACGGCAAAUACUGGAGGUUUCACGGCGCUGGUGACACCUACUCUUCAACAUAGGCCCUCAUCACCCGGUCUUAACUACGCUACAGUAUUUCUCCAUUAA